UGCUGUGGUUGCGCGUCGUGAUGCCGAUCACUUAUAUGUCCCGUUGCGUCAUCGAAACCGCAAAUGAGAUGACUAACCACAGAGUUUUGGCUUAGUAAAGACAAGGAUUGCGACCUUGACGCUGAUGUUGAAUGCAGUAUGGGUAUGGCGAACCGUGUGCGAAGGUUGAACGAGAACGGCGUAUUUAGGGUAGCCUCGAAAGUUGAUCGUGACAAAGCGCGACAGCCAGACGUGAAUUUUGUGCAAGCUUUUUUUUCACAUCUGAGGCAGGGAAGAACGCAUACAGAGCGUAUGUGGAAAAGUGUGGAUGUCCCAGCCUAGGCCAGCAAAGCCCACACGCUACAGCCGAGGGUCGAGUAUGUUCUAUGAGGUCGCUGAGUCACCGGCGAGGAGGGAGGGGCACAAGACUGAUCAAAGGGAUGAGACUCGAACCAGUGUUGCGCGUCUUCAACUGCGGUCCAAUGUGUAUAUCGGAGAGUGGUAGAGAAAGGCCAGUUGAGCAGCAGAGAAUUCACGAGCGA